AUGCAGUGUUCAAGGUUCUUCAGCGUUUCUAACAGAUUAUUAAAACAUGUACAGACCUUCUACAGCUCUGUAACUCCGUGUUUCUCUCCUCCACACACACCAGACCGCACUAAUGUUCAUAACGUGAAAGAUUUUACUCGUUAUUUGACUGUAAACUCUUGCAGAAGGAGUUUUUGUAGCUCUGGAAGGAAAUGCUGGAACUGUGGAUCAUCUGCUCACCUGUUCUUCUGCUCGUCAUGUAAAUCCAUCCAGCCUCCUGAUCAGAGUCUCAAUUAUUUCCACAUCUUUAACUGUGAUCAGAUAUUUAACUUGGACACUCAGAAGCUUCAGAGAAGAUUUCUGGAGCUGCAGAGAUCUUUACAUCCUGAUAACUUCAGUCAGAAAUCACAGACUGAGCAGAGAUAUUCUGAAGAGCAGUCGGCGCUGGUGAAUAAAGCCUACAGGACUCUACAGAAACCGCUCACACGCAGCGUCUACAUGCUGCGGUUGAAAGGCGUGGAGUUAGAGGAGGGCACGGAUGCGGCGGCCGACCCGGCCUUGCUCCUACAGGUCAUGGAGUUCAACGAGAAGCUGGCGGAGGCUCGGAACCUUAACGAAGUCGACGCCGUCGGCGAGGAAGUGCGAGCCACGCUGCGUAAUCUGACUGAACAGAUGAAUGCGUCGCUAAUCAAAGGAGACCUGCAGGCGGCUAAAGAGCUCCUGGCUCGGAUGAAGUACUUCAGUAACCUGGAGGAGAAGGUAAAGGAGAAAGUGGCACAGAGCACGUGAGGGGCGCGUGCACAGGGACUUCCGAUUCGACAACAUCCAAUUGGCACGGCACUGUUUUAAUACACUGUAUUGUCUGAAGUAUUUGGACACCUGAGCAUGAGCUUGUUGGACGUCCCGACCUCAAGACCUUCAAGUAUGUCUGUGGGAAUUUGUGCCCAUUCAGUCAAAAGAUGACAGCAUUUGUAUAUCUGUGCACUCAGUCGAUGUUCCAGUUCAUUCCAGAGCUGUUCUGCAGAGUUUAUUUAAAAUGAGCUUUUCUUCUUGUCUUUAUAGAGCUUAUAGGGCCUUCCCUAAACUGUUGCUGCCAAGUUAGAAGCAUAUAAUUUCCUUAAUUUAAUUGAUUUAUUACCAUAGUGUACAGGGCAGUCUAGUCUAGCAGUUAAGGUACUGGACUAGUAAUCAAAAGGUCACUGGAUCAAGCCCCACCACUGCCAGAUUGCCAAUGUUGGGCCCUUGCUUUGGAAAAAAUACAUCAUUAAAUAUAUACAUCAUAAAACAAAAACAUAAAUACAUAAUUAGAACGGGUGUCCAAAUACUUUUGUCCAUACAGUGUAUAUUUAUAUUGUUGUAUAGAAUAAAAAGUGUUAAAUUAAAGUUUUUAAAUUAAUAUUUUGUAUGUGUAUUGAAUAAAUGAAGCUUAUUUAUAUAGACGCCUUAUAUAGCCAAAAGUAUGUGGACACUCCUCCUAAUGAUUGAAUUGAGUUUUUUCCGCCACACCCAUUGUUAAAAGGUGUAAAUAAUUGUAUAUGGGAAAUGAUAUGCUUUUACCAUGCAUUUGAUAUGCACGUAUGAGGGAAAUGAUAUGCAUUACACACCUGAACAUAAAGCAACGUCUAAAAAGACAGUCGAUGGUUGAUAGUUGAUGGGUUCGUCUGGGUUUUUAUUCCUGACCUUGUUAAAGAGACCACUCUUCCAUGUGCUUUAUAAUACAUUAUGUAGAGUUGUUGAUUAGGGGGGUGGUUAGAAUUUCUUUUUCUUUGUUAUGCUUUAGCUUAGUCUAACAUGCACAGUCGGACUAGCCCUAUUUAUACAGCCACUGAUAAUUCAGUGUUUUCAGUCUCAAAUAAAUAAGUAAAUAAAUAAAUCCAACCAUUCAUCCAUCCAUAGGGCGGCACGGUAGCCUUGUGGGUAGCACUGUCACCUCACAGCAAGAAGGUCCUGGGUUUUGAUUCCCAGGUGAAGCAGUCUGGGUCCUUUCUGUGUGCAUGUUCUCCACUGUCCAGAGUCCAAAGAUGUGAAGGUGAAGGUGAAGAAGUGAGGUGAAUUAGAGAUAUUAAAUUGUCCAUGACUGUGUUUAAUAUUAAACUUAAACAGAAGAAUCUUGUGUAACCAGUAACUACCUGUCGUGUCACGAAUGUAAUCAGAGUGUGUAAAACAUGACGUUAAAAUCCUAAUAAAUAAAUAAAUAAAUAAAUGCAAGGUACCAAAAGA